UACAUUAAUGUCCCAGCAAGCAUAGUACAAAUGCUGGGAGGGCUUUUGGUUCUUGUAGUGGCAAUCCUAUCAGUAGUAUUCUUAAAGAAAAAGCAGCAUCGUCAUCAUUGGCUUGGCAUUUUAUCUUUGUUCAUCGGGAUCUCGAUGAUUGCGGCAGCUGCAGUGAUAAACCAGAGUGGAACUGCAACUAAAAAUGCGUAUCUAGGAGUCCCUCUUUUAGUGGUUUCUAUCAUCAUUAAGAGUGUUCAAUAUGUGCUAGAGGAGAAGCUUCUGGCAUCAUAUUACCUUCACCCAAUGAAAGUAGUCGGAUGGGAGGGGAUCUAUGGUACAAUCUUUUAUAUCUUCUUGCUAUGAAUAUUACAGUUUAUCCCAUGAGAAGCUGAGCUUUGAAGUAAUGGAGUGGUUGAAGAUACAAGAUUAGCACUCAAUCAUAUCUCAAGGUCUGUUGAACUUGUGAUAUAUACUAUAUUAUUAACCUUGUUGGAUGGAAGCAUGAAUGGGCUUGGGAUGGAAGUGACUAAACAUGCAUCUGCAGCUAAUCGCGUCACACUCACGCAAAUCAGGACAGUAAUUAUCUGGUUAUUCUUCUUGAUAUUCCCCCUUAUAUUUGACCUGAGAGUGAGUGAAUCUUUCCAAUUCCUUCAAUUAGGAGGUUUUAUUAUCAUACUCAUUGGGGUGAUCAUUUAUAAUGAAGUGGUUACAAUUCCAUUCUUCGGAUUAGAUAAGAAUUGUAAGAAAAAUCGAUCAUAUGCAAAUUUGAGAACUUCGUCAUCCAAGAACAAAGGAUUUGGAACUGAUGUCACUGAAGAGGAUGAAGCACUUUAUGACCGUCAAGGCUCUAUUGAUUCAGAUUCUGAAUAUAAUGGAGAUGGAUAUGCAAGAACAACAAGCAAAAAUUAUGGAUAUAUAAAAUCAAGGCAAAGGUCAGUGGGACGACAAUCUGAAUAUUUUGCAAUGACUAAUGAUGACUAA